UGCCCUAGUCGAAGAGAAGGGAAAGAUGGGGAAGAAGCGAAAGCACAGCGAAGCCAAUGUUGCAGAGCCGCCGAAGAAGGAUUCCGACGCCCCGGAGAGGCCGAAACGGACGCUUCUCGGCUGGAAAGACCCCACCCUAACCGAAACUAAAGAAGCUGAAUCUUCUUCUCCCAUUUUCCGCAACAAAGAGAAGGUGUUGGUCACUUGCUCUCGCCGCAUCAGCUACAGGUAUCGCCAUUUGAUGCUGAGUAUAGUUUCGCUUCUCCCUCAUGCCAAGAAGGACAACAAGGUGGAGUCCAAGGAGAGUAAAGGCGCCACUUUGAAUGAGCUCGUUGAGCUCAAGAAUUGUUCUUCCUGUUUGUUUUUUGAGUGCAGGAAACAGAAAGAUCUAUAUUUAUGGAUGGCCAAAUGCCCCAAUGGUCCAUCUGUAAAAUUUAUGGUUGAUGCUGUGCACACAAUGGAAGAGUUGAAGCUUACUGGGAAUCAUCUAAAAGGAUCACGUCCUCUUUUGACUUUCUCAACUAAUUUUAAUAAGGACCCCCACUGGAAACUUCUCAAGGAGAUGAUCACACAGAUAUUUGGAACUCCGAAGGAGCACAGGAAAGCUAAACCUUAUCAUGAUCAUGUCUUUGCUUUCUCACUUGCUGAUGAUCAUAUAUGGUUCCGGAACUACCAGAUUUCUGUUCCUCAUAACGAAUCUGACAAAGUGGAUCGAGGAGGCCUAGAUAAAAUUACCCUGGUUGAGGUUGGUCCAAGAUUUUGUUUGAAUCCCAUCAAGAUAUUUGGUGGCAGCUUUGGAGGCCCAACAUUAUAUGAGAAUCCAUUUUACAUAUCACCAAAUGAGAUUCGAGCACUAAAGAAGAGGAAGGCGGCUGGCAAGUAUGCAAAGAAAGUGAAAGCCAAGACAAGGAGGAAGAUGCAUGAGUUGGAAAAUCCAUUAGAAGCUGAUGAGUUUGCAGAUAUGUGGAAGGAAUAGGAAGUUGCCUUAUCCAUUGUUUUUCUUUUUAACAGAGUAAUCAUAGUCGCAAACUUAACAACUCAAGCCGAGCAAGAAAGAGAAUAGUUUUGAAUCAUGCUUUUGGGUAUUAUUUUUGGAUCAUGCCUUUUGGAUAAUGCGAUUUUGUGUUGAGAAGUUAAAUAUUGAUAAUGUGUUCAGAAACUAAAUACUUGAGUAAAUUCCUCUCCCUCUCUGGUUC